GCUACCACCAUACGUACUUGACAGCACAGCUCUGUAAGCGUAAGGUGCAAGUCGAAGCAGCUUUCUUCACUUCCUAUGACGCUCUUCGACCAGGAUCCAGUUGCCAUGGGAUCGAAACCCACCUCGGUCUGCCACGUCGUGGCCUUGCCUUACCCCGGCCGAGGCCACAUCAACCCCAUGAUGAACCUCUGCAAGCUCUUGGCCUCCAAGAAGCCCGACAUCCUCAUCACCUUCGUCGUCACGGAGGAGUGGCUCGGCUUCAUCGGCCCCGAGCCGAAGCCGGCUAACGUUCGCUUCGCCGCCGUCCCCAACGUCAUACCGUCGGAGCUCCAUCGAGCCAAGAACUUCCCUGCCUUCCUCGAAGCCGUGUUCACGAGGCUGGAAGCUCCGGUGGAGCAGCUGCUGGACAGGCUGGAGCUCCCGGUGGAGGCUAUCGUGGCGGACACGUACAUGCUGUGGGCGGUGCGGGUCGGCAAGCGGAGGAACAUCCCGGUGGCUACGCUUUGGACUAUGUCGAUCUCGGUGUUUGCGGUGUUCCAUCAUUUCGAGAUGCUGAAGCAGAAGGGCCAUUUUCCGGUUGACUUGUCAGAGCGAGGAGAAGAGGAAGUGGACUACAUUCCAGGAGUCGCCAAGACCCGCCUCGCAGAUCUUCCUACCAUCUUCCACGGAAAUGGGCGCCAGGUGUUGGGCGGAGCACUGGAAUGCAUCGCCUGGGCCUCCAAGGCCGACUACUUCCUCUCCACCUCCUUCUACGAGCUCGAAUUCCCUGUCCUGGACGCCCUCCAAUCUCAAUCUCAAUCUCAACUAUCUGCGCCCGUCUAUUGCGUCGGCCCCACCAUCCCCUUCUUCGACGGGGACGGAGACGGAGACGCGGCUUAUCUCCGAUGGCUCGACUCUCAGCCCAGAGGGUCGGUCCUGUACAUCUCUCUCGGGAGCUUCCUCUCGGUCUCCAAGGUUCAGAUGGAGGAGAUGGUGGCCGGGGUGCGGGACAGCGGAGUGCGGUUCCUGUGGGUGGCGCGCGGGGAAACGUCACUGAUCGGGAAAGCAUGCGAGGAGGACAUGGGCCUGGUGGUGCCCUGGUGCGAGCAGCUGAAGGUGUUGUGCCACCCUUCGGUAGGCGGGUUCUGGACCCACAGUGGGUGGAAUUCCACGCUGGAAGCCAUCUACGCUGGGGUCCCCAUGCUGACGUGCCCCAUAUUCUGGGACCAAGUCCCCAACAGCAAGCAGAUCACGGAGGACUGGAAGAUCGGGUUGAGGGUUAAGAAGGAAGAAGAAGAAGGCGGCGGCGGCGGCGGCGGGGGCAAUGAGAAUUUGGUCACCCGGCAAGAAAUUGCACGGCUCGUGAGAAAGCUGAUGGAUGUGGAAAGUGACGAGGGGAGAGAAAUGAGGAAGAGAGCUAGAGAGCUGAGAGAGGCAUGUAGACGGGCGGUUGCCAAAGACGGAUCGUCGGAUCGGAAUUUGGAUGCCUUCAUCAGUGAUAUUUCAAGGGCCGAAUGAAUCCGAUUGCGGGAUUCGAUAUGGUGGGGUUGAGUUUGCUUUGUAUUUCCGAACAACCAUUUCAUUUUGUUCAAUCAAACACUGCUCCCUCUCCUUUCUCUUCGGCA